CCAUCCCUUCCCCCAUCCCCACCACCACCACCAUCACCGCCGGACCAGUGAACACCAGGCUCGGUACAUCAUUUCACCGUUAUGGCAAAUGAAUUCCCAGAAAACAGAGAAAGAACUGCCAACUCACGCCAUGCAAACAUCACGUCGUCUCUGGACCUGAGCACGUCUCUAGACCACAGUGUGCAGACGCGGAUUUUUAAAAUCAUUGUCAUCGGGGACUCAAAUGUUGGUAAGACCUGUUUAACCUUCCGCUUCACCGGCGGAGCCUUCCCCUGCAAGACUGAAGCAACCAUCGGCGUGGAUUUCAGGGAGAAAGCUGUGGAAAUCGAGGGCGAGAAAAUAAAGGUACAAGUAUGGGACACAGCGGGCCAAGAGCGCUUUCGGAAGAGCAUGGUGGAGCACUACUACCGCAAUGUGCAUGCUGUGGUAUUUGUGUAUGACGUCACAAAAAUGGCCUCAUUCCAGAACCUAAAGACCUGGAUUCAGGAGUGUAACGGGCAUGGGGUGUCAUCCUCAGUCCCUCGAGUUCUGGUGGGAAACAAAUGUGAUUUAUUUGACCAUAUCCAGGUCCCUUCCAACACUGCCCUAAAGUUUGCAGAUUCCCAUAACAUGCUACUGUUUGAAACAUCAGCCAAAGAUCCCAAGGAGAGCCAGAACGUGGACUCCAUUUUCAUGUGCCUGGCAUGUCGUCUAAAAGCCCAAAAGUCCCUGAUCUACAGAGACGUGGAGAGAGAAGACGGCAGAGUGAGGCUGACGCAUCCGCCCGAUCCUAAGAGUACCUGCCCAUGCUGAGGACCUUAAACUGUGGAAUUAUUAACAUUGAUGAUAAUUCAGUGCAAGAAUGUGCCUGCAACUCAUUUUAGUUACUUUACGCCAUGAACUAUCCCUGUUUCUCUGUGUGCCUGUGCUUAUCUUACAUGUUGUUAUUUGUCUAUGUUUUUCUUUUUCUUUUUUCAAUUACACCAUCACUAAAAGGCAAAUCCCACAAAACCAGUCAAGAAUAUUUCCAGGUCGUAUUUCAUUUCAAAAUCAAAGAAAAGAAAUGAGAAAGAAAAUAAUGCCAACUUUCCAUUGUUACAAUAUUAUCAUGACAAUUAAGCACAUUUCCCUAAAAUUCACAUUAGCAUUUGUUAACAUUAAUUAAAAAACACAUUAGUAAUCCCUAGUGAAAAAAUAAAUAUACUAAAAUAUAUUUUAAAUAACUAACUAUUAUUUAGUUAGUUUUCCCAAAAAUGCACAUUAGUAAUUGUUAACAUUAAUUAAAAUGCACAUUAGGAAUUAGUCAUUACUAGUAAUCCCUAGUGAAAAAAGAUUUUAAAAACAUUUAUUUUAUGCUAAGUAUACUACAAAUACAUUUACGUGUUAUAUACUUAAUAUAAAACCCUGCAAUUGUACUUUUGGUAUACUACUUGUAUGCUUAAUGUAUGCUAAAUUGGAACAACUAAUUUUGUACUUAAUGCACUUUAGUUGUCUGGAAAUAGUGCUGAGGUCCAACUAAAGAUAUACUCAAGUAUAUUUGAUUGUGCUAAAGUGGAACUAUUGCAAGUAUACUUAAGGUACACUUUAAAUAUCUUGCAUUUAAAGACUGAUAUUAUGCAGAGAUCAUACUAUCCUUACAAAUAGUGAUAUUAAAACACAUUUUAAGACUUAAUAUUCAGAAAUGUGCAUUAAAGAAGUACUCCAAAUAAAGUGUAAUGCUAAUUUGUAUAUCAGUAAGUCUCAAGCGAUAUGUCAGUAAAUAUUUUAAUGGAUUUCUAGGAUACUUAGUAUGAAGUAAAUGUAUUUUAAAUAGAUAGAUAGGUUUAUUUCCCGAGGGAGUAAUGGUGAAAAAGUCUUAUUUUCAUUAUUGCAAUGCAAAACAAUGUAUUAUUUGAGUAUUUUUGAGUAUAUGUUGCAAGUAUUUAUUUAAUAAUUACAAAAAAAGAAGUAGUUUAAAAACAUCAGGCACAUUAUUUUGAGAUUGCUGGUGAGGAAAAAUUUGAAAAUAUAUUGGCCCCUCAAUAUGCUUAAUUUUUGUCAUGUCUAGCUAGACAGGUUUACACAAGAUUUUAUGCAUGUAGAAGAAUGAUUUUCAAUCCCUCAUGCUUAAUUCGCGGUGCACUUAUAAGUAACCUUUAAAAUGUGACAUUUGUUAUAUUUAGUCAUUUGGUUUUGUCACCCAUUCAUUUAGAUGCAUUCAUCGGCAUAAGACAACAUCUCACACAUUAUUGGCUGAUGGUCUUAAAGGGACAGUUCAUGGAUAUUUAUAUAGCGCUUUUCACAAUAUAGAUUGCAUC